AUGAGAGAGCAGUGCGUGCCAUGCAAGUAUGUGAGGUUAGUGAAGGAAAUGUACAGAGGAGCAAUGACUCAGGUGCGAAGUAGUGUGGGCAUGGCAAAGGAGUUUCCAGUAAUAGUAGGGUUACAUCAAGGGUCUGCGCUUAGCCCCUACCUCUUUGACCUGAUUAUGGAUGUGCUGGUGAAAGAUGUGAAGAAGGAAGCACCGUGGAAUAUGAUGUUUGCGGAUGAUGUGGUUCUUUGUGAGCAGAAUAUCGACAGAUUUGAGGAAAAGCUGGAGGAUUGGAGGAAGGCACUAGAAGAAAGUGGGAUGAAAAUUAGGUGGACAAAGUCAGAAUAUUUAGCACUGAAGGAUGUGCAGAUGAGGUCUUGCAAGAUCCAGGAUGAUGAGCCGAAAUCGGGAUACUGUCCAAGAUCAAGCACCAGUCGCAGUCGUGAGAGCGCCACUUUGCAGAAGCGCGUGUUCCGCUACCAGCCGCCAGAGUGUGCUGAGGAGCGCGGCCGUGGCUCGGCGCGGCGCUAA